AAUGUAUGCAAAUGCAGCUCAUACUCUUGUUACUGUGCCGAUGGCUACACCGGGACAAAUUGCCAAACUGAAUGGGACGAAUGCUGGUCGCAGCCCUGCCUCAACGGAGGCGAUUGCUUCGACUUGGUUGCCAACUACAAUUGCUCUUGUCCAGAAGGAUUUUCAGGUUUGUCAUGUGAAAUUGACCGAGAUGAGUGUCUUUCUGAGCCAUGUCAAAAUAAUGGCACAUGUGUGGACGGAAGCAAUGGUUUCAGGUGCGACUGUCUUCCCGGAUAUACUGGUUCUGUCUGCGAAUGGGAUAUUUCCGUUUGCAACGAGACCGGCACGGAGAGGUGUUUGAAUGGUGGUGCCUGCGUCGAGGGACCAGGAGAGCGUUUCUGGUGCAUCUGCGCUCCUGGAUGGGGUGGUGCGAUCUGCGAAGAGGCUCUUGAUCCUUGUCUCAUUCUCCAGCCUUGCAUGCAUGGCGGGCUUUGCCUUCCGAGGGGCUCUGAAUUCAUCUGCGCCUGUCCGUUUGGCUUCUCCGGUGAGCGAUGUGAGCUGGAGCUGUCACUGUGUAAAGAAAACACUUGCCUGAAUGGAGCAAUAUGUAUCGAGGAGGGAGGCACAAGUGUUUGCUACUGUGUGCCGGAUUUUCAUGGAGACCUUUGCCAAUAUCAGUAUGACGAGUGCCUUUUACCACCAACACCAAGCUGCAAAAAUGGUGGCACAUGCGUAGACGGUGUUGAUGGAUUUUCUUGUUCCUGCCCUUCUGAUGUGACCGGGAAGUAUUGUGAGUGUCCAAUUGGACAAGACUGCACCAACCUCACCUACUUUCCUAGUUUACCCACUACAGAGUCUCACUCAGAUGAGUUAUCAACAACCAAGUUAACCAGCACCUUGGGAGAGGGAACGACUUCUCCGAAAUCAACAAUACUAACCUCGACUCAUGACACGAUCAGCGAAUUUUUCACCAGCCAUACUGCCAAAUCUACAAGAACCUCAACAAAAUUUUUAUCAAGUACAACAGAUAGUAAUCGUGAAGAGACUCUUGAUGAAGAAACAAUAGACGCUGGCAGUACAAGUUCAGUUUCACAAAUUUUCCUUACCACAGAGGUCACAGUGUCGUUGCCAGUAGAUCUGAUGCCAAAAUUCUCAUCUCCGUCAACAUUCUCAGACUCUUACAUUAAAUUUUCUGAUGAAACACAGUCUGGAUUCUUAUUGACGACUGAACUGGAUGUUGAUUCCCUUCCUUCAAAAGAUGAAAACUUGGUGUCUAUGGGGACAACAGAAAUUUGGGAUUAUUCUAAAUUUACUGAGAUCGAAGAUGCAUCGAAGGCUAAAGAUUUGCCAUCAUCAACUGAAUCAGUGAACAAUGAAGUCAAUGCAACUGUUGGUCUCAAUACUCCACUAGAAGACCGACAGGUACAAUCAUCAACCCUAGAAAUAAACGUGGAUGCCGUUACCACAGAAGGAGUUGCACCUUUAUCGUCUCCUAUGUCGGAACCAUCAUUGCCAACUUUUUUUACAAAUAUCAACAAUAUGGAAGAAACAUCAAGUGAAAUAUCUCUUCUCCCAGGAGCUACUAUAGCUGCUGAUGACCGUGACAAGACUAAUUUGACUGAAAUGCAAGUCACGUCUAUGGAGCCGUCGGACUCCUCUGUAUCUGGAAUUAUGACCAGUUCAAUUGAUAACUUUGAAAAGAAUAAUUUUGUAACAUCUUAUGUCAGCUCAAGCAGUUUGAGCAUUCAGGAUUCAAUCACUGAACUGAGUGCUCCAGACGUUUUAAGCACAAGUGCGCAGGAAACUAGUGCAUCCUUCUCAUUGACAAGUGUGUCCAGCACUGGUGGAUUCAACGAACUUAGCAAUACCUCUGAUUCGGCACUAAUCAGUACCAUCAACGAGAGAGAAUUUUCAACGUUGACUGAUUCUUCAAUCAGAGAAAUAUAUACAGAGCCAUCAAGUUCUCCAGCAAUAAUCUCCCGGACAACUCCAGAAACAACACACUCAAAUUCUAGUAAACCAGCUAUACCUUCAAAAACAUCCCCCUUGCCAACGAGUGUUUCGGUGUCUGAAAAUUUUACCGACGAUGGAAUUUUAGAUUUCCACGAAACUCAAAGUUUCCCUUGGACUACAAGUGCAGUAGAUUCUUCAGAAGUUCCUGAUUAUGGCCCUCCUACUUCAGAUUAUGGAGAUGCAACAGAAGCGGAGCUUAAAAAGUGCAAAACUGAAUCUCCUUGUUUGAACGGCGGAGUUUGCUACUCAGUUGGCACAAAUAUUCAGUGUCGUUGUCCAUUCCAAUUUACCGGCCUAUUUUGUGACGUUCCAACCAAUUAUUCAGAAGUUUCUCUUCUUCCAACAUCUUGGCUUCUAUUUAGAGUUGUCUCUGGUGUGAAUAGAAAGAGCAGUGAAUUUUCUCACUCUUUUGAGGCAACUGUUCGAAUCGUGUCAGAAGAAGGAGUGGUGUUUACGCUUGCAGAGGCUGAUGAAGGGCCAAUGUCAAAUUACUUCAUGCAAAUGUCAAUUUAUCGUGGAAGGCUUCAGCUGCAGUUUUCAUGCGGACUCCAGUCUGUAAAAUUCUCCGAAUCCAAGCUACGAGUUGACACUGGCAAGCCAACCAAAAUUCAUGCAAGUUUGUCAAUGUGGGUUUUAAACAACAUUACGAGAACCGGUCGAUGCAGAGCCGAGUUAAAACUCAACCACUCUUUGGCUGUCUCUGGUGAACAGACUCGGCCAUACAUGAGCAAGAAGAAAGAUACAGCCCUGGCGCACCUUGUUUUUGGUUCCUGGCCAAGGGUAGAAACUUCUAAGCAUUCCGAAGAGGAUGAAAUCUAUAGCGAGCGCAUUUCAACUUCACCUGGAGUGGUUGCUUGCUUGUCGGACGUUAAAGUGAAUGAGAAAUCUAAAAUAUUGUUGGCUGAUGUUACUACUGGUUCAAAUGAUGUAUCAGAGUGUGUACAACUAGCUUGUCUAUCCAACCCUUGUCAAUAUGGAGGAACAUGUGAAGAGACACCCUCAAACAGCUGGACCUGUCGCUGCCCUAGCGGGCGCCUAGGACCAAGAUGUGAAACUUCUGUGUGUGAAAACAGUCCAUGUCAAGCAGGUGGCACUUGUUUGAUGCACCCCGGAACUAAUUUUGUUUGUCUCUGUCCAAUGGGGAGAGAAGGCGUUUUUUGUGAAAAUGAGCACUUGAUCACAAAGCCAUGCUUCUUCCCUACUUUUGUGGACAUAAACCCUUUCAUGGCAGUGCCCUUGCUGCCCAGGCAUGAAAGUUUUAAGCAGGCAGUCGAGAUGAGUGUUCGCUUUACUCCAAUGCGGACUCACCAAGUGGCCCUGCUGGCCUACAUUGGUCAUGGUCCUAAAGACCACAUGGCAUUAGGAUAUGUUCAUGGUCGGAUUAUUUUGACUUGGGAUCUUGGAUCAGGCCCCAGAAGAAUUUUCACUGCCAAAGAGUUCCCAUCUGGUUCGGAGUACGAGGUUAGAUUUGGUCGAAGUGGAAAAGAAGGAUGGCUUAGUGUGAAGGGAGACAACAUGACCCACAGUGGCUAUUCCAUUGGAAAAAUGAUUCAGCUGAAUACUAGGCCAUUUGCUUAUUUUGGGGGAUUUGACGAUGGAAAUACUUCUAUUCUGCCACAUGAUUUGCCAAAGCACUCGGGCUUUGAAGGCUGCUUAUCCCAUAUCGAAAUUAAAACUGCUCAGUCACAAGUUACAAAAUACUUUCCUCCAGGAUCCCCCAACAGUCCAGUUAAAGGCCGAUCAGUCAUGCAGCAAGAUUACAAUCCUUGCACUAAAAACCCAUGUCGUCAAGGUGGAAUUUGUUUACCUCACGGACCUUCAUUCACAUGCCUGUGUGCUCAAGGAUGGUUUGGGCCCCUUUGUGCAGAGCCACGGAAUCCAUGUGACACACAGAGAAAUAUGUGUGCAGAAGGAAGCACUUGCGUGCCUUUACAAUUUGGAUAUGAGUGUGAUUGUCCCUUGGGAAAAACUGGUCGUUUCUGCAAUUCAAUUGAGUCUCGGAAUUCCGUUGUUUGGCCAGAACUAUAUUUCACUGGAAAAAGGUCGUUUUUGGAAAUACCAAGAAGCAUGCCUCUCUAUUCCGAUCCUGGUUUGAUGGAACACUCAUGUGUGGAGUUUGAAAUGAAACCACAAGCUUGGACUGGACCUCCAGCUGCCCAAGUAUUGUUUUUCUCGCAAGACCCAGAUACGGGAGAUUUCAUGACUUUGCUGCUCACAGCGGAUCGGGUUUUGGAACUUAUCAUAGGGACAGGUGAUGAAGCCCCCAUGAUUUUGAGUAGCCCUCGAAGUAUUUCUAUCAGAGCAGGAGUUUGGAUGAAAGUGCGAGCUGGCCGAGUUGGAAGGAGAGUUUUUCUCAGUGUGGCUGGCAGAUCUGUCUCUAAUUGGCUUUUGCCAGGGCAAUCGUCAAAUUGGAAUGGAGGACACGCUACGUUGUAUAUAGGUGGAGCGUCAGAUAUGAGUUUAGUCGCACCUGUGACAUGGUUAUUGAUUCGUCCAUACAGUGGUUGUCUAAGGAAACUUCAUGUUGAUUGGCGGAAGGUAAUUGUCCACCUUGGCAGAGCUCGGCUUAACCUACGUGGAGUGAGAACUGUGGGGAAUGAACCUCAUAAAUUUAGACAUCAGGUUGCUCAGCUUUCACCCGAGUAUAUUCGACAAGUGCAACUGACUAAAAACAGCUUUGUGCCAAACCUUGGUGAUGAAAUUAUCUCUUUACUUGGAGGAAAAAUUAUGGCUUCUUAUGUAGCAAAAGUAGUGAAUAUGGAUUUCACUCCAGAAUCCAACACAAAGAAAGGCAUCCAACUGCACAGCUUAAGAAAAAGUGAUUUCAAUCGGAAUACUAACAUCAGGAGAGCGAAAGACUUCAACAUGUCUUCCCUUUCCUCCAACAAAACUGCGAAUGAAGAGAUUGACGAUCUUAAUGACAUUGAGUCUUCCACUCAAGAAACCGAAAUCACUCUCAAUUUAGACAACAUAACCCCACCUGGGAUCAUGACUAAGAAUUUACGCACCCGUGAUGCUUUAUUUGUUAUGGGAGCCCGAAACGUACGACCUUGCGACAAGUCCGCUCUUGCAUUGUUGCAACUCGACCCGUGUACGGAAAGUCAGUCUGAACUUAAUUGCUUGAGUCAGCCUUUGAAAGCUAAAUCUUCCGCAUCUAUGCCAGAAUUUCGAGGAAAUGGGUAUAUCACUUUUGAAGCACCCCUGUUAAUGUCUGAUGAUACGGAAGUGUCACCUGUGAGAUAUUUGAAUGUGGAGUUUUCAACAAAAAGCAACAAAGGGUUGAUCGUGUGGAUUGAUGAGAAAUCAGAUGUAAAUGCCUUUGUGGGUCUUGGACUAAUUGAUGGAAGGUUGCAAGUUGUUUGGGGAAAUGAAAAAAAUUCAUCUACCACAGCUAUAAUAUCCGGAUUGAUAAACAACGGUCUGUUUCACAGGGUUACCAUUCUGUGGGACUCUGCUGAAAAGUCGGUUGUUUGGCUGGACGGAGAGAUGGGGGAUCUUGAAUCUGAUUGGAAGAGACAGAAAAGACAGUUUUCAAACAAAGUUAAAACAACACUGACAUUUAUAGUUGGUGGAUUUCCAAAUAACCAUCCGACAGCCAACUCCAUUGCCAGAUUUUUUGAUUCAACUUUCCAAGGUUGUGUGUCAGAGUUAGGGUGGAAUGACGAGACUGCUCAGCUAUCCGAGUAUGCCACCUACCACCACAAUAAUGUGUUUUCGUGCAAUUCUUCAUAAUGUAAGUUUGAUUUUUUUUAAAUUUUAUAUUGAAGAAACAUAACAAAAAAUAGGACAAUUGUGAAGUUUUUCGCUAGCGUAACUAGUACUUGUCUGCAAAAAACAAAGCUGUACAAAUAAGCUAAAACGACAUUACUCUGGCAUAGGUAUUAAUAACUAAUUUUGCUGUUGAGACGGAAAAUUUUAUAGACAGUUGAUAGCACAGCCAUUUAAGUGAUAAUAAUUUGUUAUGUUUAAAAAUAUCUGUUCCAUCGUUUAGAAACCAUAGAGAUGUUUAGAUUAACUGGUAUACUAUAUUGAAAUCUGCGGUGUUAAUCUUUCAAAUAAUAAUUUACCGAUCUUGUCAAAACGUUUGUACCGUAAAACAAUACUUGUUUUAAUUAUUAAUUCCAAUUUUAACAUGAAUUUUUAAAUAAGGGUGAUCAUAAAUAUUAUAAAUAUUUUUAUUGUUAAGCCGGCAGGGAAAAUACAUAGUGAUACUAUAUUUAAUUAAUUUUAUGGAACACUUAUAAAUUGUUUCGUUUUUGAAAUCCGUCAUUAAUUUUUAUUACAUUCAAUAGACAUUUGAUAGAUUAAAUCACAUUCAAGUUAAAGAUCAGUCCUUUCGUUCACAUCGGCGAGACUAAAUGUCGGCUGCUCUAAAUCUUCCAACUCCACCAGCACAAGAUUUGAAUCAUGUGCGACAUCAUCUUCGACAGUGUAUACGAGCUUGACAAAUCUGCUCUGGGCCUCCACCAAAACCAGCGGCACCACCACCCAGCAAAGCAGCUUCUCCACCAAACAGCCAAGUGCGUUAAAGUACAGGGUGUGCAAAAUGAGAUCGUGUGCGAAGAAUAAGCUCAGGAAAGUGGUAUUGGACAUCCAAAAAGGCAGAUGCGUCAGCGCGGUGGAAAAUUGCAGCCAGCACAACAUUCUGAAGAGCCUCCAUGCCUGCAACAGCUUUUUUCUAUAGCAGGCUACACGUAUGAAGACCAGGAACACUAGCGACGUCACAAGAGGAAUGUGGUCAAUGCAAAUGAAGCGGUAGUCCAGCAAUAAUUGUUGCUCGUCUCGGACGCAGAGAUCAAUGCCGUGCGAUUCAACAAAAAUGAGAGGCAAAAAUGUCUCGACGAUCAAAGUGGCGGUUGCGAUGAGGAUCAUGCACGGCGAGACGUAUGGAAACUUUCUGUGUGGAGUCAUAAUUAUGAAUAAGAAAAGACAUGUCAUCCACGAGCAGCUUAAAAGGUUCAAGUUCCUGAAGAACCACAAAAUCCUGCAAGUGCUCACAGGACUGUGCUUGAGGAUAAGGGUCAGCGCCGUCUGGUCAAAAAGAGCAUAAAUGAUGUUGAGGAAGCACCAAAGGAUGGCUGUUUUGUGCGUUUCGGUGGCCGCGUUCUUCGUCUGCAUGUUGCACAGCCGGCAGAUGCUCACAAGACAGGUCAGCAUCCCACAUGUCAUCACCAGAGGUUCGCCAACCACCUGGAUAGUGCUCAGCGCCUCCAAUUCAGGCAUUACAGGGCUGGUCCCUUCGUCGACACUAAUCCAUUUACGCUGCACCUGCAAAGAGGUUGAAUUAUUUCAGAGGCAAAAAAUUUAAAUUUUUUUGUAAUAUUUCUCAAUAAUAUAAUAUUUUUUUUUAACAAGGAGGAUAUUUGCAAGCGUAUUAUCUGGUGGCCUGCGCUUGUGACAUUGUUAUCUGGUUGGGGGCAGGAAAGGAUAAGCGAUAAAAGACAGAACCCGAAUUGCCUGCUAGGGACUUUGGACUGUUCAAGUAUUUGGAAACUUCCAAUGACAAUCUCAAAAAUUUCAAUCCAAGCAAAUUGUGCUUUAAAAUAUUACUAUACUUUCCAUACGGUUCGGGCGUGGACUUUGCAAAUUCAUUAAUUUUCCUAUUAGGUAAGGGCGAUUUGUCCUUGCCUAUGGGAAAAAGUAAUUAGUUAUUACCCUGUACUCCGGUUUGACGGGAUUUUGUGCUGGAAAAAGGGGUCCUUCUGGGCCUUUUUGUACUUUUACAUUUUGCUCCUCGUCGCACUUGUUACACUUUUGCUCCAGCUGAAAGCCAUCAAGGCCAGUGCGCAUGGCUCAGGGGUUCGGAAACCAUGGCAACUCAAGUGGCUGCUGGUAUACGCUUAAUACGCUGGCCGAGUUGUUGCUGAGGAAAUGAUAAUUGACAGCUUUCCGAGUGUGAAAUUGUGUUGCGAGGCAGCUCAAAAAGGCACCCAGUCUUAGCCGACAAAAUCAGAGGGGGCUUCGCGAGACAUUUAUUUAUUAUUCUAUUAAUUUUUAGAGCAAUAGUUUAUAUAUUUAUUUUGGGACAUUAUUUAUAUAAUAAAUAAUAUGUUUAAACAGGAAUACACUGUUAUUUUGUCUGUGGAAAUAACACUUAGCAAAAAAAUUUGCUUUGCCGCUUAUCACCGAUCACAAGUUUUUUUUUAGGGCCAGUCCUUUGGCUCUUCUUGCACCCCAUGCAACUCGGCCACGCUAACUGUUGGCUCCAAAGGGUUGAGGUGGACGGAGAGGUCCGAGUAGCGGAGGGCGUAUUGGCGCAAAGUGAGCGGCACCAGAACCCCAAUGUGCAAAAAGACAAAGGCCUCGACCACCAGAAAGGCCAAGGUUGUGUCGCUGAAAGCGUCAUUGGCUUUGGUCAAGUAAAACAGGUCGACCCAGUGCGGCAGCCAACACAAACACUGAAAGUGAAUGGACGGAUGACAUUUAAAUAAGUAAAAAAUAUGCCAAUAUUUUAUAGCACAAUAUUGAUUCCUUUUGUAAUUCAGUAUAUUCAUUUACCUGCGACAAAAACAAGCUGCGAACAAUUUUGUAACCGAAGCUCCACUCUGCGGUCUUGUUCUGUUGCAACUGGUAACUGAACACCAAGAAGCAAAACGCAACGACGACUGGCGUGUUGAAAUACAAUAUGAAACUGAGCACGUUGGUCCAGUAGAAUUCAUCCUUGCUUGCGGCGUGAGCACAGCUGCUGACGGUCAGAUUUAGCGCGCCGACACUGCAAACAUGAAUAAUAAUUAAUGAAAGCAAAUGAAGUCGCUCUUGAUCGUGAUCACGCUUAAAAUCAGCAUUCAAAUUUAAUCCACUCACUCGUUAGUCGUUUCCAAGUUUCCGUACAUGUAAAACAUGUAGACUAGGGGAGAUGCAGUAAGGGUUGCCAAGAUCCACGUAAUCGUGCCCCUGAGGGGCAGCAGGCGGCUAAAACUGACCACUGAGGCCACCACGAACCAUGGGUUGAUGCAGACGGGCAACAUCGAGAAACUUUUGUACAGUUUGCAUGCAAAGCCGCCUAGGGACCACUCCUCGGAGUGAGACUCGUACAGAAAAAGGCUCUCGACUACCAAGAUUGACAGGAAAUUGCAUGAGCACCAUAGCAUGGCAAGGCCCCUAGUUGAAAAUAACAUUUUUAUUAUUUAAUUUAAUCAAAAAAGGUAGAUUUUGCCUCCACAAAGCCGAAAGAUUUCUGCCUAGACGCAUUUAAAAACAAUUACUCCGCGCAAUUUAAUUUCAAAUUCUUUGAUGAAAAUAAAAAAAAAACGUUAUGCAACCCCCACGCUAUCCAUGUCAAGCGAGUUGCCUACACAUCUCACCUGCAAGAAUUCCUGCAAACAAAUACACAUGCGUCACGGCGAAGUUUCAGCUUUGCGAGGCCACUUUGGUAUGCGUGCAGCAAAUAUUUGCACGGUGUCCACCUACGCGACCAUAUCACUUUCCGUGAUAUGCGAGGCUGCAAUAAUAUUCUAUUGUGCUAUUAAGGGUUGUUUGCAAACCUGAUUGGCAGGUGAUAUGCGUUUUGCAGCGUCCUAAUUGCGUAAAUAUUCAUCGGACACCCAAUAAAUAUACUGAGGAAAGGAAGAUUUUGAUAGAGGAAAGUCAACACCGGAGAAUACUCUGGGUGCAAAAUUGGAUACUCUUGCUCAGGCAUAUCCAUGUUGAUCGAAGCUGCAAAAUUUACAAAUUAUUGGGUAAGAUGUUUAACAAAAAUGUUUUAACAAUAAUUUACUUCAAUUAAUUAGAUAAAAAUGAAUUCAAUUAAAGCCUCUUACCUUUUGACCUAGAUAAACCAGAACCUAAUUAAUUGGCGCCUCUAUUAAAUGUUCAGUCGGAAUGCUUGAAGAGAUCACAUCUCUUGUCAUCGAACAACAAUCCGAGCCAACUCUUCGAAAGACUGCCAACCAGCUGACUGUCAGACUGACCAGUUAGGCCGGAACCAAAAGCGGGGGUAUCAAAAACUGGUGGACCACGCACACUCGAAAAGAUAUUUGGCCGAAAUGCGGGCUGUGAAUUGGAGCGAGCCCCUUGCAGCACAUUUCAUCUGUGUUACUUGGUUGGGUGUCGUGUCGGGGUUCCCCUCUGCUCAUCCUGUUUGCUCCCAUAAUAGAUCAAGAACACAAAGGGACGACUAUAAUUAGGAUUUUUAUCAAGCCCGCGCUCGCUGUCAUUACGCGCAGCGGCUCCUCAAGUGCUGUAUGGGGUGUUUAUUUUGCCGGUGAUUUAUAUCCUCAAACCUUGUCAAACAAAAAGUAAUAAUUUUCACGUGCACCAUAUCCACACACCAUUAUUUUAUCAAUCGACUUUGGAAUUGCUCCUCAUCAGCCUGCUAAAUGAACAGAUCUCGCCGUCUGCUCGCCGUCAAAACAAAGUCUACUAGAUCUAGGCCGGGCAGUGAAUUUUGUUAUUUACUGAAUCAUAUUAUUUAAAUAAAAAGAAAGAUUUCAAACAGCUACAAAUGAAAAAUUAUAGUGUGUUGAACUUUUAAGACUAUGUAUUAUUUUUACAAUACAUAUAUUUUUUAUUUCAUAAAAUUAUCUUUGCGGUUAAAAAUAUAAAAAUGAAAGUUCAGCGACAUCAGUCAAUUUCCAGCUGGCGCAAAUUCUUUUCACUAAAUAAUUUCGUGCGUCCAAAUUGAAAAAAGAUGAGUGGGACUGCAAUUCCUGAGUGAAAAUCCAAUAUUAAGGCAGCAAACAGAAAUGCAUUGAUUGGCAUCACAGGCUUUAGCUCCAUCAAAUCAAGUUGGGUUACCCAAUGAGGGGUGAAGAAUAUAAUCUGAAAAUAAUAAUUAAUUAAAAAAUUUUCAGAUUUAAAUUCUUCUAAAUUGAAACUUUUAAAUAAAUUUAAUUAACCAAUCGUUAAUACAUAUAAUAAUAUAAUGUUUGAGAAAAACAUUAAAAAGUAUUA